GUCCCGCAAACCAAUCAAAACCUGUGCAACAAUCGGUUUGUCAUCCGUACAAUAGCCCACCUAAAAUUCGAACAAUGCGCUAGUUGCGUCAUUGCCACUGAUUGAUAAUCUACGGCUACUCUUAUCGGCGUAAUUCGGCAAACGUCUACCUACAAUUAAUCGCGCCUCCGAUUUCACCUAAUACUAAUAUUUAGAUCUUUGUCUUAUACUAGAAUAUAUCAGACGAAAAUAUUCGCAGUCGCAAAUAAUUAUCUUUACGUGUUAUAAAGCCAAUUGUCCCCAAAGGCGAUCGGAAUAUCUAAGAGGGCGACUAUGCCUUCAAGUCGACUUGUCCGGCCGGCAGCGGCUCUACUGUCCGCGACUACAAGAAAAGUCCGGCCCGCUACUUGCGGCCGGCUCUACGAAGCUGCGCGACAUGCGCAUACGAGUUCACAGGCGUUGGGUAUAUCAGCGAGGUCAAGACCAGUACUACAAACAGCCUCGAGGUUACCAACAGUAGCGCCGCGGGGUGUGCGAAGCAUUUUCAUCCAGACCGAGACCACGCCGAACCCGGAUGCGCUGAAGUUUUUACCGAAUCACAGGGUGGUGCCUUCGGAAGUUCCUACACCUUUCAUCGAGUACCUAAAUCCGCGGAGUACGAUCGCACCGCCAUACCCGUCGCCGCUUGCCGCACAGUUAAUGAAUAUCGACGGGGUGACGUCCGUGUUCUACGGGCCCGACUUCAUCACGGUGACGAAGUCACCCGAUGCCAACUGGGUACACAUCCGGCCGGAUAUUUUCAGCCUAAUCACUGAGGCUAUAACGUCGGGGCAAGAAAUAGUCACUGUGAGCAAUAAAGAGGGUGGAGAUAAGGGCCAGGAGGUGGGAGAGGAGGACAGUUUGAGCUAUAAUGAAAACGAUAGUGAAGUCGUGGGUAUGAUCAAAGAACUACUCGAGACUCGAAUAAGACCCGCGAUCCAGGAAGAUGGCGGAGAUAUUGAGUUCCGUGGUUUUGAGAAUGGGUAUGUGAACUUGAAGCUCAGGGGAGCGUGCCGAACUUGCGAUUCGAGUACCGUCACUUUGAAGAAUGGUAUUGAGGGAAUGUUAAUGCAUUAUAUCGAGGAGGUCAAAGGUGUACAUCAAGUAAUGGACCAAGAGGAGGAGAUUGCGAUUCAGGAAUUUGCAAAGUUUGAGGAGAAGCUUCGAGCACAAAAGGGGCCAGAUGCAGCACCGACUACACCUGGCAAGGACUCAUUGGAUUCGGUCCCUGGGUAAAGCCUGAAAGACAUGCUUCGUCCGAUCAGAGUUUACAUCUGCCCGUGAGCCUAGGUGCCACCAGCAUCAUCAGCAUUUCUGCGCGAGGGCUAAUGCGGUCACCGGCCUAUCGACCUUUUUUUCGCCAUCUCUGCGUCGCGAAUUAGGUUUUAGCUUUUUCUUUAGGAACCCU